AGCCCCGCCGGCCCUCCUGCCGGCGGCGCGGCACUUGGGCAGCGGCGCUCUCUCGGGGCCAGCAGCCGCGAGCCCGGGAGCAGGGGCCAUGGGCUGCGACGGCCGCGUGUCGGGAAUGCUUCGCCGCAACCUGCAGCCCACGCUCACCUACUGGAGCGUCUUCUUCAGCUUCGGCCUGUGCAUCGCCUUCCUGGGGCCCACGCUGCUGGACCUGCGCUGCCAGACGCACAGCUCGCUGUCCCAGAUCUCCUGGGUCUUCUUUUCGCAGCAGCUCUGCCUUCUGUUGGGCAGCGCCCUCGGGGGCGUCUUCAAGAGGACGCUGGCCCAGUCACUAUGGGCCCUCUUCACCUCUUCUCUGGCCAUCUCGCUGGUGUUUGUCAUCAUUCCCUUCUGCCUCAAUGUGAAGGUGUUGGCUUUGGUCAUGGCGCUGGCGGGCCUGGCCAUGGGCUGCAUCGACACUGUGGCCAACAUGCAGCUGGUGAGGAUCUACCAGAAGGACUCGGCCGUCUUCCUCCAGGUUCUCCAUUUUUUUGUGGGCUUUGGUGCUCUGCUGAGCCCCCUGAUUGCCGACCCCUUCCUCUCAGAAACUGACUGCUCUCCUGCUAACGGCACAGCCAACGCCACUUCCAGCAGCCACCUGUUCCAUGCCCACCAGGUCCUGGGGCAACACCACUCCAAGGUCUUGCCUCGGUCCAACCAGACGCCUCCUGGGCUUCAUCCCCAAGACUGGACGGGAACUCACGUGUCCUACGCCUUCUGGAUCAUGGCCCUGAUCAAUCUUCCAGUGCCCGUGGCUGUGCUGCUUCUGCUGUCCAAAGAGCGGCUGCUGACCUGCUGCCCCCAGAGGAGCCCCCUGCUCCUGUCUGCAGAUGAGCUUGCCCUGGAGACACGGCCUCCGCAGAGGGAAGACUCUUCCUCGCUGACCCCCAAACUUCAGCCAGACUCAGGACACGGGGACCUGUUUGGCUGCUGCCAGAGGAAGAACUUCAAAGGGGCCCCUUAUUCCUUCUUCGCCAUCCAUAUCACAGCUGCCCUGGUCCUGUUCAUGACAGAUGGCAUGACGGGGGCGUAUUCUGCCUUUGUGUACAGCUAUGCAGUAGAGAAACCACUGUCUGUGGGACACAAGAUGGCUGGUUACCUCCCCAGCCUUUUCUGGGGCUUCAUCACCCUGGGCCGGCUCUUCUCCAUUCCCAUCUCCUCACGAGUGAAGCCAGCCACCAUGGUUUUCAUCAAUGUGGUCGGCGUGGUGGCGACAUUCCUCGUGCUUCUCAUUUUCUCCUACAACGUCAUCUUCCUGUUUGUGGGGACAGCGAGUCUGGGGCUGUUCCUCAGUAGCACCUUUCCCAGCAUGCUAGCCUACACUGAGGACAUCCUCCAAUACAAAGAUAUUCCAGGCUCAGGGCAGCUAUAGUUUCCUGGUCUGUGGUGUGAUCUUUGGUUGCCUGGCUUUUGCCUUCUAUAUCUUGCUCCUGUUUUUCCACAGGAUGCAUCCUGGACUCUCAUCAG